AUACAAAUACAUACACUUUUUCAAAGCCAUUUCUACCGUGCGCUUCACACAGUAGCCUCUGAAAAAGUCUUUGCAUUUAUAGGGUUUUAACGUUCAAUUCAACAUGGUUGCUACAGAACUAGGGUUUUCUGAUGUGGGUUUUUGAUGGUUUUACUGUAUAUUGAAGUUGCAAGUUUAAUUUUCAAUUAUUGUAUACUGUUUUAGUUUUUUUUUUUUACUUGGUUUUUUUUUUUUGGGGUUAUGGAAUUUGUCAUUACUGGAUUAAUGAGUUCAGUUGUGUUUUGCUAGUUGGAUUUUGCAGUCUGCAUCAAUUUGAUACAAAGUUAUAUAUUGCAUUUUAGAUUUUCUUUUGGGACUAUUAUGUAUUGGCAAGUGUUUAAUAAUUGCGUUUUAAUUGAUAUACAUGAAGAUUUUGAUACUUAAAGAGUAAUGGGUUGUGUGUGUUUUGAGUAAAACUUCUCAUUUCCAAUGGAAAGAUUUGAUUUUGGUGAAUUUUUAUUUGCAUUUGCAUGUCUAGGUGUGAAUGCACUUCCAUAUGCAUGCAGUAGCUGUACUGCUACUUGCAUUUCCUCACUGUUGUUUCUCAUGGGAUGCAAUCUAUGACUCGGUGCCCUGUAAAUGGAUUUAGUGGAGUUUUUUGAGCUUGACUGGCUCUACACGUGGCAGAGUUUUGUUGUCUUAUGGGGGAUUGUUUAAUCAUUUGUGGAUUGAUUUGGUGAUUGUUAACUUAUGAUAUUGAUUUAUAUCCCAGGAAGCACCAAUAUGGAUACAGAAUACAUAUACAAUUCAAUACCAACACAGCGAUUUGUCAUUUCUUGAGAAUUUAGUAUACAAUAAGUCAUGGAUGCUUCGAUUAAUUGAUAUAAAAGUAAACAUUCCUAAGUAAAUAUUAUGCUAAUUUUCAGUUUAAAGAUAAACAAGAAAUGUUAAAAGGUGCAAAAUAUGUUUGAAUGAUGAAACCAAUUAAGAAGCUAUUAGUUUCAUAGAGGGGGAAAUGGGUGAAAGAGGGAGUGAAAAAUUAUAAAAAAUUAAGGAAGUAUCUUGUGAGAGUAUCCAUAUUGGAUGUGUGUCCAAUACAUAUAUAAAUGCUAGUUGAAAUAAUUCAUGCUUCCUAGGCUCUAUCUAAUAUGCCACUUGCUGCAAGAACACCAGUGUGGAAUGCAUGCAAUUUCACCAAUUUUAAGUGUUGAAGAUUGAGGUUCAAUAAUCAUCGUGGACCCUGCUUGCAAAUAGAAAAAAAUCUGAUGUCUUUUAUGCAACUCAAGUUCCGCAAUUGUUGCUAUACAUCAUUUCAUAAUCGGAAGGAGUGGGAGUUGCUUCUCCUACAGAUUCCUUUUUACAUUUGAAAUUUCGAUAAGUAUUACUUGUACUAGGUCCCUUUGUCUGCCCUCAACUUUUAGCCCUCGGAGUGACUUCAACAUAAUCAAGCUUUUUGCCUUCCUGAAUUGCAAAAUAAUUUUCAAGAAUGAUGCUUGCUAUGGAAGAGCGAUCAUUUAGUUCUGCAGUAGAAGCCAUUGACUUAAUUUCAGCAGUGAAGGGGUUGCAUGGGCUUAGCUCCCUGGAACUUCAUAAGUUAUUGAGGGACUCCGAAAACUUCACUAUUCACUACCUUAAUAAAAAAGGGUCAUCAAUUAAGGAUUUCUUCCCUUACACCUUAUGGUGGUGCUUAUGUCAUCUGACAAAGAUGAAACCCUGUUCAGAUACUUGUUAUCCGGCAUUCGUCUCUUACAUUCAUUGUGUGAUUUAGCACCUUGACACGCUAAACUUGAGCAGAUUUUGCUAGAUGAUGUCAAGGUGACAGAGCAGCUGCUUGACCUGGUGUUUUAUUUGCUAAUUGUUCUUGGUGGUUAUAAACAGGAAACCCGUAAAGACUCCAUGCCUCUUAUGCAUUCAGCAAUGGUGGCAUGCAGUCUAUAUCUAUUAACAGGGUGUAUAUGUUCACAAUGGCCAGAUCUUGCUCAUGUAUUGCUUGCACAUCCUAAGAUGGGUAAAAACACCACUUCCAACUCCGAGGCAAACAAAACAAGAGCAUUAUGGGGAGAUCCAAGUUGGACAACUACUUUUUGUAACCUUUGUGCGGAAGAGAUUGAAGCUAGGGAUAAAGGAAUCUUUGCUGCCUUAAGUGCCAAAGGUUGGAGCAAUUUGGUAAUCAAAGUAUGUGAUGAGACCGGUCUAAACUAUGAUAAGGAACAAUUAAAAUGUAGGUGGGAUGUGUUAAAAGCAAAUUGGAGAGUGUGGAACAAAUUGAAGGGUCUUGACACAAAUUUAGGUUGGGAUGCAAUGAAGGAAACGAUUGAUGCUAGUGAUGAUUGGUGGGACAUGAAGUUGAAGGAAGUAUCCAAAGCUUCAAAAUUUCGACAUAAAGGUCUACAGAAUCUACAACAACUUGAUAGAAUGUUUAGGAAUGUUGCAACAGCUGGAGUAGGACUCAUGUUGACGUAUUUAUGGAUGCUGCUUUCGGAGCAGUUCUUGUAGCCAUUAGGUUUCUUGACAUCAAGCUGUCAGCUCAAUAUCCUGUUUCAUGCAUGAAAUCAAAUCUGACUGCUGAACAAAUUGUUAACUAUCUCUGCUAGCAAUGUGAGGCUUCUUUACAGUUUCUUCAAUCAUUGUGCCAAC